AUGCCGCCCAAGUCCAUUGCAUCGUACUUCAAGCCGGCUGGAGCGGCUGCGACCAAGUCCAGUACGCGUGCGACAGGGAGCGCUUUGAGCGACGCAGCGAGGGACGCCAUCAUGAAGGCUAAGGACCUGAACCAAGAGGUGCCGUCGCCACGCCCGGCGAAGAAGGCCAAGAUUGCCAAUGAGCCGGUUGCGUCCACCGAGGACAUCUACUCAUGGUCUCGUUUCUGCCCCUUGAAGGACGUCAGGAUUGUCAUUGUCGGACAAGACCCGUAUCACGGCCCGGGACAAGCUCAUGGCUUGGCCUUCUCCGUGAAGCGAGGUGUUGCGAUUCCACCGUCUCUGCGCAACAUGUACAAGGAGAUGACGACGGCGAUCCCCGGCUUUGUCGCCCCAAAGCAUGGAGACCUUACGGAGUGGGCGAAGCACGGCGUCCUGCUGCUCAACACAUCUCUCACUGUGCGAGCAUCUGAGGCUGGGUCACACGCCGGCAAGGGCUGGGAGCAGUUCACCGCUGCGGUGAUGAAGGUCGUGACGAGCCGGCUUGCGGGCUCUGCCUCGGGUGUUGCCGUGACAGCUACUGCCGACGCUCCCGGCAGCAGCGCGAACGGUAUCGUGCUCAUGGCCUGGGGCGCGCAUGCGCAGAAGAUGAUCGCCGGCCUCGACACGAAACGACACCUCGUGCUCAAGUCCGCCCACCCGAGCCCCCUCUCCGCCAGCCGUGGCUUCUUCGGCAACGGUCACUUCGUCAAGAGCAACGCGUGGCUGCAGGAGCGUUACGGCGCCGAUGGGGGCAUCGACUGGAAGAGCCUUGGCGAGCCGGCACCUUAG